GCCCGCAAGCAGAAAGAAACAGAAGAAAAUAGCACAAGACAAGAGCCAAAAAGACAGGUGUAUUAUAUACAUAGUCCUGAUCCUGCACCUGAUCCUUAACCCCAGCAAUUUGUUCCGCCCGCGACUGUAAAGUGAAGUUAAACAAAUGUGAACAGUGGCGUCGUCAGACGCAGCAGCCGUAGCAGCAGCAGGAGGAGUCAUUGCACUUGCACCCCCGCAAACAACAAAUUCUGGGCCAUGGGCACCAAGGAGUCCAAGCACUCCAAUAGCAUCAGCUAUGAGGAUUCAGUGAAGCGCGUAAGCGAUGUGGAGCUUCGGCGACUGAGGGAUGCCUUCAAAAAAUCAGCGGGUGUGGGUCGGAAUUUCCUCAGUCGGAACGCCUUCCAGCAGGAUGUGCUAUGCGAGGGUGUGCCGCCGAAGAUCACGGAUAUGCUAUAUGUCGCAUGUGGUGGCACCCAGCGCGGCAUAUCUUUUAAUGAUUUGCUCUGCGGUCUUGUCCUGAUCACACGGGGCACUCAGGGGGAGAAAACAAAAUUUCUUUGGAACCUCUACUGCAACGAUGCCGGCACAUUUAUUAUCAAGUCCGACUAUUUGCGCAACGUCAAUCUGGCUCCCUUCGAGAGCGUCUCCCUGUUCGCCCAGAGCGAACGCGUCAAUUUUGAACAGUUCCAGGACUGGAUCAUAAAGAAUCGCAAUGCCACUGUUCUAUCCAAAUGGUUGCUGUCUGACAACUGUGUCAGUCUCACUUCGGAGCUGGAGACACCAACGUUCUACCAGAGCUUAGCUGGAGUGACUCACCUUGAGGAGAAGGACAUUGGCGACCUGGAGAAGGAGUUUUGGCGGUUAAAGAACACCUCGCAAAAUGGUCAAAUCGACCUGCAGUUUCUGGGCCCAUUGAUCAGCCCACCCAUACCAAAGAAUGCGCUAGCAGGACUAUUUAAUGCCUUCGAUGAGAACCGCGACGGGCACAUCGACUUUAAGGAGUUGUGCUGUGGCGUAAGUGCCGCCUGCCGGGGACCUGGAGUAGAAAGAACACGAUUUUGUUUUAAAAUCUUCGAUGUGGAUCGAGAUGGAGUCCUUAGCCAUGACGAGACGUUACAGAUGAUCAAUGUAUUGCUGUUGGUAGCCAAAGAGAACCGAGAAGCUCAGCAGUAUAAGGAGCUGACCAAACAGGUGGUUAUAAGUGAUCUCCUCGAGUUUGGCCAACGUAGAAGUCCGGAUGGGACGCCCAGCAAACUAACCCGCGACAACGUCUCGCUGACCGCCGAGGACUUUAUGCUGUGGAAUGUGCAGUGCGACCUGAGACUUAUGCAGCCCUUGCUGGAUCUAAUCUUUGAGCUCUGCCACAUAGUUUUUGGUCUGUGGCCGCAGUGCAAGCACAUGGAGAACGACAUAGUUCGGGGAUGGCUGCGACGCGAAGAACGGAGGCCUUACCGCGUCGGACAGUUCUGGUACUUAAUCACACGCGACUGGUGGUUAGGAUGGAUGCAAUACACCCAGCAUACGGCUCACACCUGCGACUAUUGCAAGCGCACCGCCAGCCAACGGACCGCUGUCGAUGAAGCGCUAGUCUGCGAUGAGAGCUUCAAUACCCACAGUCUGGAACAGCACGACAGCUACUCACUUGGUUCUGGCACGGGAUCGGCAUCGGGUUCCGGGUCGGCGAGCAGUGGGUUCUCAGCUGGACGGCAUUGUGGACCAGUGCGACCAGGACCCAUCGACAACAGCAAUCUGAUCACAGCAAAUCCGUUUAGGAAUGUACGUACCCUCACCGGCGAAGGUGGUCACCUCAAGCGGGACACCCCACUAGUGCAGAGUCACGACUUCGAACUGGUUCCCAAGUCCCUGUGGAAGGCCCUGAAUCGAUGGUAUGGCGACAACCUGCCACUACCCCGACAAGUCAUUCAACCACCCAACUCAGAUGUGGAACUUGAGCUAUACCCGCUUAACCUCAGAAUCCUGCUCCAUCAGGCGCAGCCAUCGCAGACAGGCGUUGGUGGAGGCACUCAACUCGGCAGCUGGGGCUCUACGGUUAGUGGUGGCUAUGGGGUCUUGGCCUCCGGAGGUGGGUAUGCAGCCAUUGCAGCCAGCAGUGUGCUUCAACCGCCGAAGCGAUACCUGGCAUACACGGCUGCCUUUAGCCGACUGGCCACGGUUCGACAAGUCGGCGAGUUCCUGUGCGAACAGUUACGUCUCAAAUCGGAAGACAUCCGGCUGUGGCAUGUUCCGCAGGUGGACAACGGUGCCAUAUUGCUAGAGGAGGAUGCCAUGUGCCUGAAGGAGCUACUCAUCCGGGACAAUGACCAGCUACUGCUGGAAAUCCGCAACAAAGAUUUGACCUGGCCGGAGGAACUUGGUUCUUUGGCCAGCGCUCAGAGCGGCCAGGGGAUGGGAACACCUGGUGACCGGCGACGACUAACCCGCAGCUCAAUUAUGUCAGUGCACGCACCGGGAGCAACUGGGUUGCAUAAUCUGGGCAACACUUGCUUCAUGAACGCCGCGCUCCAAGUGCUGUUCAAUACCCAACCUCUGGCCCAAUAUUUCCAGCGCGAAAUGCAUCGCUUUGAAGUGAAUGCGGCCAACAAACUAGGCACGAGGGGCCAGCUGGCAAUGCGCUAUGCGGAGCUGCUCAAAGAAGUUUGGACGGCAACAACGCGAUCAGUGGCACCGCUCAAGCUACGGUUUUGCGUCAACAAGCAUGCGCCACAGUUUGCUGGUGGUGGUCAGCACGACUCCCAGGAACUGCUUGAGUGGCUGCUUGAUGCACUGCAUGAGGAUCUAAAUCGCGUAAUGGAAAAGCCGUACAGUGAGUUGAAGGAUUCCAAUGGGCGGCCGGACAAAAUUGUAGCUGCCGAGGCUUGGUCACAGCACCAUGCCCGUAACCAGUCCAUCAUCAUCGAUCUGUUCUACGGCCAGCUGAAGUCCAAGGUCAGCUGUCUGGGAUGUGGACAUGAGUCAGUGCGCUUCGAUCCUUUCAGUCUGCUUAGCUUGCCAUUACCAGUAGAGAACUACGUCUAUUUGGAGGUCUUGGUAAUUCUGUUGGAUGGAAGCGUGCCUAUUAAAUAUGGUUUCCGCCUGAACUCGGAAUGCAAGUACUCGCAUCUGAAACAUAAGUUAGCCACACUUUGCUCCCUGCAGCCAAAUCUAAUGCUUGUCUGUGAGUUGUGGAACUCACAAAUUCGGCAAGUGCUAUCUGAUGAAGAGAAACUUAGGACGCAGAGUGCCAAGGAGUUGUACGUCUACCAGCUGCCCGAACAAAGCGUGCGGACACGUUCCAAUUCAGUGCUCAGCAUGCACAUAGAGCAGGGUCUUAAGGAUAUACAGCGUAGUUCUGCUCUUAUAACGAGCGCCCAGGACUCGCUAUCUUCGCUAAGCACUCUGCAGACCUCUAGCCAGCGCGCCUCGUCUCGAGUUCUUUGUAAUGGCCAUGUCUCUGGCCUGGAGGUUGAAGCUGAGGCAGAGGUGGAGGCGGAUACUCAUCACUAUAACAACAACAACAGCAAUAAUUACAAUCCAAUUACUAGCACUUUCAGCGGAAAUGGAAGCGGAGAUAACCAAGUGCACGAACUGCUGCCAGAUGAGGCCGGAAAGGUAAGCCGGUGCUUUGGAAAGAGAGAGUGCAUGCCCCACAGCCUUUUCUGCUUCAAGGAGUCGCUCAUCCUGAGCUCCAGCCCGGAAAAUACUUUUAUGCACGGUGCGGCCGCCCAACAGAAGCGUGUGUCCUCCGCCAAAUUGCUGCACACGGAGAGCAACACCAGCUCCAUGUCCUAUACGAAUCAUUCAGGCGAGAACUCCAUGGAGAGCUCGCUGACGGAACCCAUUCCAAUGGCGGACCUGGCGCCGGUGAGUAGCCGCCAUGGAAGCGGCAGUGAUGACAGCUCAUUUCGGACGUCACCCAACGAUUCCAGUGGCCUGAGCACGGGACACACACUAGGUGCUAGUUUAGAUGUGGACGAACAAGCGGAAGAGGGUAAUGAAGAAGAGCAUGAUCAGCCGGAUCAGAUCACCACAUCGCAGCCGGAGACUAGCAGUGGCGUUUAUUCGCGCCGCUCUUCACAGCCGCCGCACAAGGCGGGAAAGUAUCUGGUGGCAGUGCAUCGAAAAAUAACACGGCAUGACAGCUACUUUCUUUCCUACCACAAGACGCGACCAAGUCUCUUUGGAGUCCCCCUUCUUAUUCCGAACAGUGAGGGUGGCACCCAUAAGGAUCUUUACUGCGCCGUGUGGCUGCAGGUGAGCAGAUUACUCAGCCCACUGCCUGCCACCACGGAACAGGCAAAUCAUGCCGCCGAUUGUGAUGACAGCCUGGGUUACGAUUUUCCCUUCACGUUGCGUGCUGUCAAGGCAGACGGACUAACGUGCGCUAUCUGCCCCUGGUCGAGCUUCUGUCGCGGAUGCGAGAUCCGCUGCAACAAUGACUAUGUACUGCAGGGAGCAUUACCGCCCAUUAAUGUCGUGGCCAGUAAUACGUCGACGCCAAAAAUGAACGCUAAAUUCCCAUCGCUACCAAAUCUAGAGGCUAAACGGACGCCAGAGUAUACCGCCUCGUUGUCGUACACACCGACAACAAAAUAUUUUGAAGACUUUACCAUUGCCAUCGACUGGGAUCCGACCGCCCUGCAUUUGCGCUACCAAAGCACAUUGGAACGCCUAUGGGUGGAUCACGAAACCAUUGCCAUAAGUCGGCGGGAGCAAGUAGAACCCGUUGACCUUAAUCAUUGCCUGCGCGCUUUCACCUCCGAGGAGAAACUUGAGCAGUGGUAUCACUGUAGCCAUUGCAAGGGCAAGAAACCCGCCACAAAGAAGCUCCAAAUCUGGAAACUGCCUCCGAUAUUGAUUGUCCACUUGAAGCGAUUUAACUGCGUCAACGGCAAGUGGGUAAAGUCUCAGAAAGUGGUUCACUUCCCCUUUGAUGACUUCGACCCUACCCCGUAUCUGGCCUCAGUGCCUCAGGAGACGAUACUGCGGCAUAAGGAGCUACUGGAAAUGAAGAAGGAUGCUGAUUUGCCAAUGCCAAGCAACGAAGUUGUUAGCGAGUUGGACGAGAUUGAAGCACCCAACAAGCAGGAUACGGAUGAAACUUCAAAGCAAACGGGAACAACUCCGGCGACCGCGUCACCAUCGCAUGCCGGAAAUAUCCUGCGGCAGAGCAAGACCAUCAAUGCUGCCCGGCGACAACGUCUUAUCUCGACGAGUCUCACCAAAACGCCCAUCGUGGAUGGCGAGUUCGAGGACUAUCAUCAGCACCGACUUAAACCUGAGGUGGAUGAGUUUGAUCCUAGAUACAAACUCUACGCUGUUGUGUCUCACUCGGGUAUGCUGAACGGUGGUCACUACAUUUCCUAUGCAUCAAAUGCAACUGGUUCCUGGUAUUGCUACAACGACAGCUCCUGCCGUGAAAUUUCACAGAAGCCGGUCAUCGACCCGAGUGCUGCAUAUCUGCUGUUCUACGAACGCAAAGGCCUAGACUACGAACCGUAUCUUCCCAACAUCGAGGGCCGGACGUUGCCGAAUGCGGGCAAUGUGCCACUUGAGGUGGACGAAACCGAGGGAGAGUUGAAGAAGCUGUGCUCAAUUUCCUAACUGAUGUCCACUUCCUGGUACCAGUGGUCAUCAUGGCUAUGAAGAAUAUAUUUUUCAUCCUCCCUGUUUUGUUCUGUAUAGAUUGUAUUGUUUCGCACCGCGUAUGUUUUGUUAUUUACUAUUUUAGUUGCUUAGCGUCUAGUUAGUUUUAAACAUACUUAUUUUUUCUUUACCAAGAAUUGUUUAACUGCAUGUAAUAUAUAUAUAUAUAUUCAAGUUUAGCUUUGUAAGUAAUAUGUUAAAUUGGUUGGCCAAUGUGAAGUUUUGUUUGUUAUGUCGAACAAAUCCCUUCUCAAUAUUUUCUUGUUGCUUUGUUUUUGUUGUAUAUAAUUUUAAAAUUAUAUUUGUAUUAGGCCAAGAGUGCCAGGUUAUUAGCUUAUUAUUCUUAAUUAUGCCAGACCAUGUCGGGAAAUUCCAUUUAUUUUGUAAUUAUUAUUGUAAAUAACAAGCGGAAGUGAAACCCGAACGGCGAAACGUUGUAGACAGUUUGAUAUUAAUCAUUGAUCAGCAAUAUCAAGAUGUUACGAAUUUCAUCCCAAGAACUCGCAGACUAUUGUUGCUCUACUCAUACGUAUUUACAUGUAUUGAUUGGCUUUGUGUGACGCACCGAGCGGAUUCGGUUCAAAAUUAGUAUUGCGCUUAUCAAAUAUGACUUCAAUAUGUCUAAUGAUUAUGUAUUUGAUAUUUACAAAUUAUAUAUAUAUAUAUACACCCACAGAUAUAUAUAUAUAUCUAUAUAUAUAUACAAAACUUAAUUAAUUUAUAUUAAUAUACAUGAACAUGAUGAUAUAUUCGAAACGAAAAGCUAUGAAUAAAAUAACUUUUAUCGCUUGAAA